GAUCACUGCAUCUCAUCACUCUCACCAUGGCGCCCGCUCUGCAAAUCUCGAUCCCAAGCGCCUCGACCGCGACUCCGACAGAGGGCAAACCUUACACACAAUACAACAUCUCACUGCAGCUCCCUCUCCGCAAACACGACAUCAAGAAACGAUACAAUGACUUUCUCCAACUUCACGAGACCUUGACUUCUCAGACGCAACAAGCGCCUCCCGCACCACUCCCCGCAAAGUCAUGGCUCCGACGGACAGUCAAUAACGAAGCACUCACCGAGGAAAGGCGAAAGGGUUUAGAGAAGUACCUCCAGAGCAUAAUAGCGUCGGAAGAUCCUCGAUGGCGGAGUAGCACAGCAUGGAGAUCCUUUCUCAACCUUCCGAGUACCACACAGUCGACCAAGGCGAACGGCUCAGGACGACCCGGCAGCUCCAGCGCGAUCGUUGACCCAAAUCAGUGGCUAGACGUCCAUGGCGAGUUGAAGUCUCAGAUCCAAACGGCACGUCAACAAUUGAAGCAACGCGAAGCUGCGACAACAGCUCAAGCUCAGCAUUCUCUCUCCGCAGAAGCGAAGGCGAGUCUUGUCCGUGCAGCCACCUCGAUUGCACAGCUAGACGACGGUCUGAAGAGUAUAACGAGCGCGAGUAGAGGCGAUGAUGGAGGCUGGGGUGGCAGUAAGAAGCUCGGCGAUGGCGAGCUAAGGAGAAGGAGAGACUUGCUCGGCGCUGCGAAGAAAGAGGUCGAGGGACUGGAGGGCGUGCUGCGAAGUAUGGCUACGAAGUCUGCUGCCGCGACGAGUAGUGCAAACACCAGUGCAGCGGCGACGGCGGGUGAUAAGGAGGCGCUAUGGCGUGGCACAUCAGCUGCAAAGCCUAGUGGUCGUGUGCUGGGAGGGCCGAUGAAGGAGACCGAGCGCACACGGGAGCUGGAUAAUUCAGGAGUGCUGCAACUGCAGAAGCAAGUCAUGCAGGAACAGGAUGAGGACGUGCUAUCGCUGGGCAAAACCGUGGCGAAAUUGAAGGAUAUGGGCAUUAUGAUCAACGAGGAGCUCGCGAUCCAGAACGAGAUGCUUGGCCUGGUUGGUGAGGAUGUGGACAGAGUUCAAGGGAAGAUCGAUGUCGCGAGGAAUCGUAUCAAGAAGAUACACUGA